AAAACACAUACGGCCUUUUCCAAGAACCAAGCACGUCCUCUUCCCAGAACCAAAUUUGAGAAUCACCGUCUGCCAGUUCUCUUCCUCUCUCUCAGAUCGGCGUUUUGGACGGAGUCACUGAGCUCGGCCGCUACCCACUUUUCGGCGUUGAACCAGCUCUGAAUGUGUACACAAAUUUGAAUGCUCAGCACACAACGUACUGCUUGGAGGAUCUGUCAUCGACUUUGGGUGACCACAUCAUUUCUCUUUUCUUCCUGAAGGUGUGUAUUGCUUGCUACUAAUAUUCACUCAUCAUCUUGUGGAAUGAAAGCCUCGCCCCUCCUUAGGCUAUUUGUUGGACUCAUUUUGCCUCUGAAGUACCCUCAGUGCUAAAGUCUGAUCUAUCUUCAUUUUCCUAUUCUCUCUUAUCUCCAUCUUUGCUUUUCUUAUCUCUCGUUGAUACAAUAGUUAUUUGGUUGCUUUUCUACUUGCACAAAAAUCCAAAAAACCAAAAAAAAAAAAAAAAAAAAAAACACUUGAACAAAAAUGGCGGAGAGUAUCGCUAUUUCAAUUGCAGCGAAAAUAGCAGAGUACACUGUUAAACCUAUUGGACGGUGGCUAUGCUAUUCAUGUCACUACAACAGCAACAUAGAGAAUUUGAAGAAACAGAAAGAGAAGCUGCAAGAUGCUCGUGAAAGCGUGCAACAUUCAGUUCUUGCUGCCUCAAGAAAUGGUGAGAAAAUUUAUUCUGAUGUUAGCAAGUGGUUGACAAAUGUAGAUCGUAUUACAGAAUUGGCCACCGAGAAACUUCGUGAAAGCGAAGAAGAAGCAGGUACGAGGAGCUCUAAUGCGGCAUGCCUAAACUUGAAACAACGGCAUCAAUUAAGUCGGGAAGCAAAGAAGAUGGUGGGUGAUAUUGCCGAACUUUUUGCCGAACUUCAUAACAAUGGAAACUUUGAAAAAGUUUCGCAUCCUACUCUUCCUUCAGAAGCAAUGGUGAUGACUACAACAGAUAUGGAUUACAUGGCCAUGGAUUCGAGAAUGACAGCGGUGAAGGGGAUUAUGGAGGCAUUGGGAAAUACUGAUAUCGACAAGAUCGGGGUGUGGGGGAUGCCUGGAGUUGGAAAGAGUACUCUGAUGAAAGAAAUUGCCAGACAAGCCAGGGAAGAAAAGUUAUUCGAUGAGGUGGUUAUGGCAGUUGUGACAGACAACCCAGAUGUAAGGCGAAUUCAAGGAAAGAUUGCAUGCACGCUAGGUCUAAAUUUUGAUCAAGAAUUUGAAGAAGGGAGAGCAAAUCAGCUGAAACAGAGGCUAUCAAAGGACAAGAAGAUACUUGUUAUCCUGGAUGAUAUAUGGAAAGAACUUGAUUUACAGGAAAUAGGAAUUCCUUCCGAAGGAUGCAAAGUAGUAAUGACAUCCAGAGAUCGUGAUGUAUUAAUUUGUAAAAUGGGUGCCCGAAAAGAGAUUGAACUUAAAAUUUUACAGGAAGCAGAAGCAUGUAACUUAAUUGAGAAGAUGGCGGGUGAUUCUUUCAAAGAUCAGCCUGAAGUGAGAGCCAUUGCAACUGAGAUAGCUAAAAAGUGUACAGGUCUUCCUAUUGCACUUGUAACAGUUUCAAAGGCAUUAAAAAAUAAGAGAUUAAGUGAAUGGAAGGAUACCUUGCGCCGACUAAAAAGCCCGGCUCCCGAACACAUCACAGAGAUGUUGAAAACCAUAUAUACUCCCAUAGAGGUGAGUUAUGACAGUCUUGAAUCUCAGGAGCUAAAAUCCCUCUUUUUGCUUUGUGCUCAAUUGCCUUACUUCCUUGACUAUCGCGACUUGUUGAAGUACUCUUAUGGUUAUGGUUUAUGUCAUGGCAUUAAUACAUUAGAAGAUGCCAGAGACACGCUAGAUACACUACUUCGUAAACUAAAAGACUCUUGUCUACUGCUAGAAAGUUCCGAGGAAUUUUACAUGCAUGAUCUCGUUCGUGAUGUUGCUAUAAUAAUUGCGUCAAAGAAUCAUAAUAUGUUUGUCAUGAGAGAUGAUGGUGGGCAAAAAGCAUGGCCAGAUGUGGAUGCACUAAAUAGAUGUGAGGCGCUCUCUAUUCAUGGUGAAGAAAUCCAUGAACAUCCCAAUAAAAUGGAAUGUCCUAAAUUAAGAUUCUUUCAUGUCAACUGUAAAGACUCACGUAAUUUGAAAAUCUCGGACAUUUUCUUCCAAGGGAUGGACAAGCUCGAAGUUUUGAGUUUGAGAAGAAUGCGACUUUCAUCACUUUUUCCACUUACAAACCUACAAACAUUGUGUCUAGAUGGAUGUGGGUUGGGAGAUAUUCAUUGGAUUGGAGAACUCAAGACUUUAGUAAUUCUUAGUCUUGCUUAUUCUGCCAUUUCAAAUUUGCCAAGAGAAAUAGAGUCGUUGACUCGUUUGCGGUUAUUGGAUUUGACCCGUUGUUAUAAACUUAGAGUGAUUGCUCCUAAUGUCUUGUCAAGCUUGGUCAACUUAGAAGAGUUGUAUAUGCAAGGAAUCAAAGUCCAAUGGGAGGUUGAAGGACCCGGCAAUGAAGGAAAAAAUGCUAGCCUUGCAGAGUUAAAGAAAUUGUCACAAUUGACCACCUUAGAGAUAGAUAUUCCGAAUGCCAACAAUCUACCGGCAAAUUUGUUUCAUGAAAAGCUUAAGAGAUACAAGAUAUGCAUUGGAGAUGAAAUCUACAAUCUGGUUUUUACGAGGGAGGCAGCCUUCUCAAGAGUUUUAAAACUCAAUCUGAAUAUGAGCUUCCAAUUGGACUUUGGGAUCAAAAUGCUACUGAAGGGGACAGAGUAUCUUUCCUUAGACGAGGCGAAUAGAACUAAGAGUAGAACUAAGAGUGUCUUAUAUGAAGUAGAUAGAGAAGAUUUUCAACAAUUGAAGCAUCUCCAUAUCCAAAACAAUGGUAAUAUUAAGCAUAGCCCUGAGUUGGGGACAUCGGAUGUUGCCUUUCCUACCUUGGAGGCAUUUGUUUUGAAAAAUAUGUUCAACUUGGAAGAAAUUUGUCAGGGCAAACUUCCAUUGUCAUCCUUCAAAAACUUGAAAGUUUUAAAGGUGGAGAACUGUGAUAAAUUAAGAUUUAUCUUCUCAUCAUCUAUAGCAAGAGGCCUUUCACUACUUGAAGAAUUGAACAUAACAAGAUGCAACAACAUUGGUGCAAUAUUCGUGAAAGAAGAAGAAGACGGAAUAGAAGAUCAGGGAGAUAUGAUGUUGUUCGGUCGACUUCAAACCUUGCUGCUAAAUGAUCUUCCAAAGCUCGUGGGCUUCCUAAGCACAAAAGAUUCAUUCAUGGCUGAUUGUAGAGAAACCAAUUCAGAGGGCAACCAUGAUCUUCAGUUGCCACUUCUACAUCAUGAUCAGGUUUCCUUUCCUAGCUUGCAAACACUGCGUAUGAAGGGUCUGCCCAAAAUAAAGCACGUAUGGAGCUGUGGUCAAGAACCCAAAACUGUUUUCACAGGUCUCGAGCAAUUGAAAAUACUUGAGAUUAGCAAUUGUGGGGUGGAGGAAAUUGUUGCAGUUGAAAGAGGAGGAGGAGAAGUAGUAGCAAUUAGGACUUUGGUGUUCCCUCGAGUAAGUACUUUGACGUUUAGAAAUUUACCGAGACUCAAGUGGUUUUGCAAAGGAGUUCAUGUUUCAAAAUGGCCGAUGCUGAAAGAGAUGGAAAUUGAAGGAUGCGAGAAAGUGAAGAUAUUUGCUUCAGAAGUUGUGAGCUUUCAACAAACAGUUAAAGAUCAAAGGCAGUAUGAGAUGUCCAAUAUUAAACAACCCCUUUUCUUGGUGGAUGAGCUCUCGUUUCCAAGCUUGAAGAUGUUGCACAUUCGGGAGAUGGAUAAGUUGGAAAUUAUAUGGCAGGAUCAAGUCACCGCGACUUCUUUUCCCAAUAUUCAAGAAUUGACAAUUUUUGGUUGUGACAAGUUGUUGCACGUCUUUCAAUCUAAUUUGCAUACAACAACAACAACAUUGAUGCAAAGUCUGACUCGUCUAGAUAUAAGCUUCUGCAGUUCAUUAGAAACUAUAUUUGGAAAUAUGGAGGGGCAAAAUGGUAAAGAACCACAAGUUUUAAUAGCUCCAAGUUCAGGUAUGGAAGAAAGUGUAGCGAGAGAAGACGGAAUAGCCAGACAUAUUGAGUUCCCCGUACUAACUCAAUUGUUACUCUAUGAAUUGCCAAAACUCAAGUGGAUUUUUGAAGGAGUGCAUACUAAUUGGGAAUCAUGGCCUUCAUUGAAAGAAUUAUGCCUAAGGAAAUGUGGUGAACAAGUGAACAAAAUGAUUUGGGCUUCAAAAUUUGCAAGCAGCAGUAGUAGUGAAGAGAACCAACUCCUGACUUGCAUUCAACAACCCAUGUUCGUCGUUGAGGAGGGUACGUUCCCCAACUUGGAGGAUUUGUCAUUGUUCUUCAGUGGAACCAUAUGUCCUAGCAGAUUUUCAGAUUUUCCUGAUCCAUCUUUUCUUCUAACAAGACUGCCAAAUCUGUUGAAACUUAACGUAUACGAUAGUGUCUGUGAGGAAAUAUUCCCUUAUGAACUUGUUGAUCGAGAAAUACGAUUAAGACGACUAACUCUCUGUCGUCUAUGUAUGGUUACACAUUUGUGGAAAGAAGACAAUACCAAGCCAUGCCCACUUUUUCAUAAUCUGGAAUACCUUGAUGUGUCACGAUGCAGCAAAUUGAAAAACAUAGUGCCAUCAUCGGUAUCUCUUCACAAUUUGACAGGAUUGAAAAUAUCAGAUUGUCACGGAUUGAUCAAUUUAUUAACAUCCUCAACUGCCAAAACUCUGGUGCAACUCAAAAGAAUGACUGUGAUUGAUUGCAAAAGGAUUACAGAAAUUGUAGCAAUGGAGGAUGUUGGUGAAGCAAAUGUGGCGAUUACUUUCAACAAGUUAAGAUGCUUAGAACUUCGUCGCUUGCCAAACCUCACACACUUUUGCUCUGGACCUUAUUCCUUUGGGUUCCCAUCUUUGGAUGAAGUAAUUGUGAGAUGUUGUCCUGAGAUGAAAACUUUCAGUCACGGAGUCUUAAGUACACCAAAGCUAAAAGGAGUAUCUGAUGAUUACAUGAGUUUUUUUUCGAAACCGAAUUUGUAUUGGGAGGAUGACCUGAAUACCACCACACGUUGUCUUUGGGAGAAGUCAAAUCAAUAUGAUACUGGAUUGUUAUUCAGAGAAAGGGUUGAGAAUUCUGAAGAAGAUGAAGAUCAUCCUUAAUGUGCAUGCAGCAGCUGGAUUAACGUAGCUUUUCAAUGCAGAAUUUGUGGAUCCAAUGGUGAUGUUUCUUUCUUUUGAUGAAGUCAGUGGGGGCAGAGGACCCUUCAUUCCCGUUAAUGUUUAAUUAUGGUUUGCUUGUUUUAUUUUGUCUUCUUUAUUUUUAAAUCUCUCUUAUAUGUACGAGAGAAUCCAAAAAUUAAAAAAAAAAGAAAAGUUUGACAAUGUAUUGAUUUGAUAUAACUCCUCAUGAAGUAAUGUAGUUAACAACUCUGAUGUUGCCAACAAAUAAACUUGAAUUAUAAUCUUUUGAUUAUAAUUUGACCA